CUCACCGUGCUCCUGACCUCCUCAUCGCCAGCGAGGCUGGGUCCGGGAGGGUGACGCCUGUCUCUCCGGAGCCCCUGACAGGGUGACACCCGGCCCGGUCCGGUCCCCUUUGAGGCGGGAACCGGUGCUGUCGGUCCCAGGAGCCGCGGCGGAGCCCCCUUGGCGCUGUUGGAGCUCUUUGCUGCGGGGAGGAUUGGGCGCGGGCUGGGCUGUCCCAGCGGGAAGCGCCGGGCUGCGACACGUCAGUGACAAGCCUCGGGGCUUCCGGGGUCUAACGGAGGCAAGGGAGCUGCCGUGAGCACAGCCGGUCCCCCUAGCCUCUGGCGGAGCUGCCGGGGUGGGACGAGCGCAGCCGGUCGGGAGAAGGACGCGCGGCCUGGGCGGGGGCUGCGCCGCUGGGUCUGUCAGGCGGGGCUGCCCGUCGGAGGGGUUGGGAUGUGUAACUCCGCUGUCUCGGGAUGUGGCAAUAGCUCUGAGAUGCUGCCACCAAACCCGGCCAGUGGAAACUGCGCGGCUCCCUCCUCUGCCUGUCAGGUGUGAGGGUCACGUACCAUGGGUGAACCUAUGUCUGAAUCUAAGUUUGGAGCCGCAGCUUUUUAUUUUGCUGAAAAAUCUUGCUGUGAAUUGAGUCAUGGAGUGUUUGUACAGCGAUCACAGCAGAAGCCUAAAACAGGUGUUGAUCCCUGUGAAGUGUGGUGCAAUCAGCCAGUUGACAUAUUAAGAGAAUACUGCAACAUUAUUAAAAUACGUAUCUUUUGGCCUCUUCUCUUCAAUUGUGAAAGUGAUUCUUUGGUAGCUGGUUGGAGCAGUUCACAGAUUUUAGAGGAAAAGUGGAAGAGACUCUGUGAUUUACAGGUUUUGGAAGACCUUGUGGAUUUAAUGAAAAAACUUGUGAACGUUCCACCUAUUAUCAGUGGCAUACUGAGAAUUGGCAACAGAAUACACAAUGGUUUCUUUGAUAUAGGGGAUGCACUUGAUUGGUUCAGAUGCACGGGUGAUGUCAGUAUUCUGGAAAGGCUGGAGAAGCUUGGUGAUUUUGGUUGGUUGCAUCUUGAAAUUUUCUUUGCUGAAUGCAAACGUUAUAUUACCAAAGUUGCUUUGGAAGAUUGUAAUUUAGUUGAAGAAUUUAAAGCUGUGACCUGUGAAAACUGUAGGAAGAACAGUGAAUCUAUGAAACAGAAAGGAAAUGAGGAAUUUUCCCAAGGAAACUUUGAUCGUGCUAUAAUGUCAUACACUAAAGCCAUAGAAUUUUGUCCUGCAAACCAUCUUCUGUAUGGAAACCGAGCUCUUUGUUUAAUUCUUACAAGGCAGUACAAGAGAGCCCUUGCUGAUGGAAAAAGAGCAACUAUUUUGAAGCCUAAUUGGCCAAAGGGUCACUACCACUUCUGUAAGGCGCUGUCAUUACUGGGGGAACAUGAACUGGCUUUGAAAGCUAAUGAGAGAGCUCAGGAACUAUGCAGGAACAUUAUUGAUGGACUUAAGGAUCUUAUUCAACAAAAUUACAAGUUAAAGAAGACAUUAGAAGAAAUCAAUGGUGUUAAACAAGAUAAACAGAAACCGAAGAAGUCACUUCCUGAAAAAAAAGACGACAGUUCUUCAAAAUCUCAUUUAAUAAUCUCUCAAGAACAAAAAGAAAUAGAAAAAGGCAGAAAGAGAACACAGUCUGAUCCCAAAGAUCAUCAUUGUCCUCAAAACCAGGAUACCAUGGUGACUGACAUCCAAAGAACAGAAAGCAAAAGUUGGCCUCUGGAGUUUCCAACAAGCCAAAGUCAUCACAACAAAGGCAGGCCAAAAAACAAACCUGCUGUCUCUGAAAAGACAAAAGAUCACCUUGAAUUGAAGACAGACUCUAAAGCCAUCCAAGAUAAACUCUUCUGUCCUGCGCAACAGGUUGAUUUGACUAUGUUGCUGGAAGCAGUUAAAUCCCUUGUUCAUGAUGGUUAUACAGCCUUGACAGACCAGCGGUGUCACAGUGCUGAACAAGCCUUUUCACAAUUGCUGAGCAUUCUGAAUCCUUCAGAAUUAAAGCAACUGAAUCUUCGUAUUAUUAAUUAUGUUGUAAUCAUCUAUGGACAUGCCACUGCUCUUCUUGGAAUAGGACAGCCUGAGGCAUUGACUAAGGCUGAAGACCAGUUUAAGAAAAUAAUUGAACAGUACCAGGAAGAAAGAUUUGGUUGUUUAGCAUACUAUGGAGUUGGAAAAGUAUACCUCAGACAAAACAGAUUUUCAGAUGCGCUUGACCAGUUCAUGAAAUCACAAACAAUGAUUAAUCACAGGAUUGUACCUGGAGUAUUAACUUGGCCCACAACAUCUCAGGUUAUUGAAGAAACACGAACAGAGAAAUUACAGUUGACUUUAAGGAAUUGUAUUGAGGAAUGCAAGUUCCCUCCAGAACCAGAUGCAAUUUGUCGAUAUCAGCAAUGCCAUGGCCACUCCAAAAUCCAAAUAUAUUUUACAGACCCAGACUUUAAGGGUUUUAUACGUAUUACUUGCUGUCAGCAAUGUAGAGUGGAGUUUCAUAUCAGCUGUUGGAAAAAGUUGAAAACAACAAACUACAGUGAUAAAAAUGACAAGGAUUUUCUUCAAGAAUUGUGUUUUACUCCUGAUUGUACAGGCCUUAUUUCAAAAAUAGUUAUUUUCAGUUCUUCUGGUCUGGUAAAAUGUGAAUUUGAACAAAAAAUCACAAAAGCCAAGGAACCACCAAGAGCCAGUAUUAAACAGAAAUGUUCAAGUCUUAGGAAGUUAAAAAUGAAAGAAGAAAAAAAACUACGAAGAAAAGGUGCACGAGAAGAGGCACGGAAUUCUGCUAAAAAGAAAAUAGAAGAAAACCAUAUGGGAAAUGAACCGUCUCAAUACAGUGAUCACAGUGGUUAUAUUCAGGAUUUGUAUGCUGGUGACCGGGUCCUGCAGCAUAUCAGUCGAAAUGCUGAGCGAAUAAAAACAGCUGUUCAUGAUGCUUCCAGACUAUUAAAAGAAUUACUUUCGUGGUUUGUAAUCAGUGAGGAGGAUUACAUGUCAUAUUCCAAAACUUGCAGCAUGUCACAUGAAGUGAUGGAGCAGCUCAUCAGUUACUUAAUUCAAGAAAAAAACAGAGUAAAAACACGAAGUUUUAUCCACGUGCUGAGUGAGCUGGAAGAAGUGGAUCCCAAAUUACACAAGUGGCUGAAACAUCUUAACAACUUGGGUCUGACAGCUACAAAGAACUUUAUUCUUCAAUAUGGACAAUUUUUAAAAGAGCUUGACCUUUCUAUUUUCAUCAGACUUUGGAAUGAGAAGUAUGGUAGUAAAUUUGACUAUGUGACUACUAGUUGUGAAGAUGAAGAAAUUCGUGAUUAUUUCUUAAAACCACCCCUAGAGAAAACCCGUUGUUUUAUAUGGCUGUUAGAAGACAACAGAGAAGGUUUUCCAUUUCUUCAUCAAGCUUUAGAUGAAUUCUUUGAUAAAAUGGAUGACCCUACUAUUAUAUUAAAGAAGCAGGGAAAUGAAAAUAUAUCGACUAAUGGUAUCAAAGUCAAAAACAAAAACAGGAAGAAAAACUCAAAAGACUCGAGGUCUGUUUUAGUAUUAUCUAGUGGAGUAAGUACAGCAGCAUGGGAAGAAGAUGAGAUACGUAUAGAAGAAAAUACUUUAGAUUUUACAAAUCCUUAUGAACCAUUUGUAAUCCCAGAAUAUCUUCAGAGUCAACUAGAGGAAUUUGAAGCUCUCUGUGACAUAUCAAAUAGUUAUCAAAGACUUUUGGAUAAUAACCCAGCUCAAACCUGUGAGAGCUUAUAUGAAUAUUUUUCUCAAAUCUUGGAAGAACAUGGCCCUAUGGAAAUCGAUAAUAAAUUACUAAUUGGGGAAUAUGAACAUUUCCCUGAAGAAACUCGAAAGAUUGUAGAAGAUGAAGGCGGUCUGAAAUCUUUUCUUCUGAAAUCCCUUCGUUUCAUUAUGGUGGAUAAUCUUGUUGGAUUAAAAAAGCAUGCAAUUCUUCUUAAAGAAAAUACAAACAGAAAUGAGCCUGGAUAUAACAAAGAAGAAAACAGUCUAGCCUGUAAUGUGCAAGAAGAUUCUUCCCAGAAAAAGCUACAGUUAAAUCCAGCUGCUAAGGAAUUCAAACCACUGUCUUAUCCUCAGCAACCCCCUAUAUCAACACCUAACGACUUAACAGUAACAGGUUAUGAGACUCCACAAUAUUUGCCCUGGUCUCUUCCUACUUCAUGUAAAUUGGUGCAUUCCUUGCAUAGUCAGGGUAUUAAUGCCACAGAAAAUGAGUCAUUGUUUUCAGACCUUGUACUAACGUGCUUUGAUUCUGAAAAUCCUGGUAUAUUUUUGCCUCGGACUUCCUGGGGUUGUCAGUAUGAAAGAAUAUUGCCAGUGCAUUCUCAAAUGCCUCACAUGUCAAAUGUUGCCAAGCAACCUACUUGUGUUUAUGCUGAUCGUAAAGCUCAUCAGGAUAAUGAUGAAUCUGCAGCUUCAGACAGAAAAUACAACUUCAGCAGCCUUAUACCAACUGAAACACCAAUGUAUGAACACCCUCCGUGCCAGCCGGAGAACUCAGAUAAUGCAUUUUAUGAAGACAAAUUUGGUGUUGCAAAUAGUACAAAUGAAGCUGAAUGUGGUAUACAGGUUAUUAAGGUGGAAAAAGAAAGCAGAGACAUACAUCUAAUGAAGAACAAUCCUCAUACAAGAAUGGUAGCUGUUCAGGUAAAUCAUGAAGUAGCUGAUAGGGAAACUAAUACCUUGCCUUUUCACCCAUUUGAAAUGCAACAAGGAGAUAUUUUACGUAUGGAAAAAGAACAUCAGGUGUUAAAAGAGCAACUUAAAGAAGCACAGGAAAAAUACGAACAGUUACAAAGCCGAAGCUCGGAGGAAAUCGGUGCUGUAAAGGAGCUCCUAAAAAAGAGUGUUGAAGAGACUGAGGUAUCAAAGAAUGAACUGGACUGGCUUCAUCAGGACUUAGAAAUAAAAGUGAAAAAAUGGCAACAGGAGAAAAAAGAAAAUAAGGAGAACUUAAAAGCACUAAGGAGCACAGCUAAAAAGCAUACAGAUACCAAUGAUAGGUAUUCAAGGACCAUAGAUGAGAAGGAGAAGAAGUAUAAUGGAUAUUUAAAUACAUAUCUGGAAACCAGUAAUAAAUUUGCUAAUGAUAAAGUAAAAUUGGAAGAGCUUAUAAAAAAGAGUCAAGAUGACUGCCAGGAGUGUGUGAAAAGAGCUGUUAAAGCAGAGAUAUCAGUACUCAAAAACUGGAAGGAAACUGAAGUAUACAAGCUAAAUGGCAAAGCUGCCAAUGCAGAAGCAAAUCUCAAGAUGCUGAAAUCAUUGAGCAGUUUAACUGAAAAUCUUGAAUACUUCAGCAGCUUGCCUUCAGCAGCACCUAAGUUGAAGUCACAGAUUGAUUCUUGGGAAAUAUUUAUCUCAAAUGUGAAGAAACAACUGGAGAAAGUAGAGGCUGAGUAUGAAGAAAAAAUUCAGAUGGUGAAAAAUGGUGUACAGAACUGCCUCACUAAAAUGGAAACUGUGGAGCUCCCUUCUCCUCCCUGUGUCCUAGCAAGAAAAGGCGGAGCUCCAGCCAGUGAUCCAGCCAUCGUCACAUAUUCCUCUGCAUCUGCUCAUCCUAAUUUACUUCCUGCAUUUUCAAAUUCUGAAGAUCCAAGUCUGACACACGCUUCAUGUAAUACACAGGCCGGAGUUCGGCCAGCGCACGGAAGUUCUAAGUCUUGUUCUGCAAGUGGUGGAUCAGUGAAAACGUGCUCCACAUCUCUGGAGGGAUCAUACUCUGAUAAAGUUUCAGCAGCUUGCCCGUCAGGGAUUUCAGGAAAUAAAACUCAGAAUGCCCAGCCAAACCAGAGCCACCAAGGUGACACAGCUGUACAGCCAAGGCCUUCUGGACUUCAAAACAACAAAAUGAUUCCAAAAGCAUUUGAAAAUAUUAUUGUGCGUCUACAGAGUAUAUUCCCCAACUAUAGCAGUUCAGACUUGAUCAGCUUCAUAAAAGACAUACAAAGAAGAAAUGGGAAUACAUUGUCAGGUUUGAGCUUGGAUGAAGUUCUAAGCAGAGUGACAGAACUCAUUCUGGACCAGCAGAGUAAGGCACCGACUUCAGCAGGGAAACCUGUGACAUCUGUGUCCCCUGCUUCACCAGUGCAGACUGGAGCUCGGAGUCGGGAGGUACCUGCAGAGGAGAACGUGCCCAGCCCACCCAAGGCAAGACUGGUGCAUAAAAAUGCCUCCAGUAAAAAUCCAUCUCAGCCCAAUCUCCAGCCCUGGGGAAAUGUUGGAGCAACACCUAAAUCUAAAUGGAAAAAACUGGACUAUACAGCCUCCAGAGAUGAUCCUUGCACAAUAUGUCACGAUGACCUAAGCAGAGACAUGUGUGAACUAGAAUGCGGGCAUCGUUUUCACAGAGAAUGCAUUAGAACAUGGCUGAAGCAACAUUCAAGUACCUGCCCUAUCUGCCGCGUUCACGCUCUCUUACCCGAAGACUUUCCUGAGCUUCCUGCACGGAACAAAUAUGCCUAGAUCUUGUUUUAUUUGAAUGUCUUAUAAGAAGAUGCAAAGUGGCUGCAGAAUAACCACUGCAAUAAGGAACCAGAAAUGUGAUGCCUAGAAAGAGACAGAACCCUGGUUUUAUGGAAAAUUGUGGUAGAACUCAGAUGGAUUCAGUAUUUAACACUUCGCAUUAAGCUGUAAGAUGCUGGUGCUACCACAGCACCUGCAGAAUCCAGUUGGCAUAUUUCAAGAUGCAGUGCUUUCCUUGUCACUGCUGAAAGGUGUGAAGCUGGUACAAUUCAAAGGUCAGCGGCACACAAAACUGGUCUUUUUUUUUACCAAGGGAUAUUUAAUUUAUUUAAUUUGUUGUAUCUACUUUUCUCCAAGGAAGCUGCAUAAUUCCUGUAGAGAGUUUUUUUUUUUUUCUUGCAGAGCUUACACCAUAAUGAAAAGAAAUUCUAAUAUCAAACAAAUAGGUGACCUGAGCAUCAGACUGGCAGGACUAGGAACAGCCACAAUAUUACCUUCCUCUGACAUAAUUACAAUUUAACUGCAGGACCCAAAUCAGGCUUGUGAUCAUAUUACUGCAGUUCAUAAAACUGCAGCUCCUUUCUCUGCAUAAAUCCAUAGCUAACAAUUCAAAUCAUUUAAAUAAUGACUUUUAAUCAUAUCUUGAAGCAAGAAUUUUUAAAUAUUCGGGUGUUUGUUUCUGUUUAUGUAUCAAGUUGGAAUCGUAUGGCUUAAUUCUUUAAUCUUGAAAUAUAGUUUGAAUUUCCCUCAUUGAUGAAGCGCUGAUUUGUUUAAAUCAGAAUUACAGGAUCUUUAUUUCUGACAAAGCAACUCUGCAUCUGUAUUCUGUGCAUGAAUGUUCAUCAACAGCACGAGGUAAGGAAUACAAACAGCUGAAGGGGAAGGGUUGUCCUGCUGCGUUAAAAGUCUGAGCUUGUCAGAAAACCUUUGUCACUAUAAAGUUUGCCUCAAAUAGCCAAAAGACCAGGACUAGAGAGGGUACAGCUUAACCACUCUGAAAAGAGAGCGUGACUGACUGUUUGGAUACAAGCCGUAUUGAAUUGAUUACAUGAGAUCAAAUUAGCUAAUUCUAGGGAUCAUUUGUUCCUGCAAGAAAUAUGUAUCCUGCAGAUUAAGUUUUAGUCUGUUUUAUGAUUAACCAGUAUACUAAGAAAAAAAAUAAAAUUACUACUGCAGCUGA